AUGUCAGAUUUCAAUCAUACCCUGGCGUUUUCGGUGCCGUUCGAGACGGCGAGACAGGCUCAGAUAGCGCAGAGAGCCCUCGAUCCAGAUCCAAUCCUGAAACCGAGCGAGCUCUCGGUUGAAUAUUCCACGGAGGAUACGUUUCUUAAGAUUGAUUUCAAAGGAAGGAGUGAUCGCGUGAUACGGGUGGCUGCGAACAAUGUGUUAGAGAACCUCAAGACUGUGGUGGAAUGCAUGGAUGAGUUCGAGGGACAGAAGGAUGUGUGCAUUUAG